AUGUCUACGUUUGUUCCAAUUAGACUUGCUGAUACUUGUCAGAAUCUACCUCCCACCGAUACACCUAUUACUUCAAUAUUUAAGUAUGCCGAUAUACUCACUCCUUCCGAAAUUAAUCUCGUAAACCACCCUCCAUACAAUCUUACGCUCUCUCUUGACGCUCUCCUCGAUCCUACAUACAAUCAACGCAAAAAACACGUUACACGUCAACUCCUUCCUCGUCCGCAAAAUUCAUGGAUUAUUUUUCGGCGAGACUUUGAAGGUCGACUACGUGCUCAACACCCCACUGAACCAUAUACUAUCCACGAAAUUUCGAAGAUUGCCGGCAAUCAAUGGAAAAUUCAGUCCGACAUGGUCAAAGAAUACUUUUACGUGCUUUCUAAAUUAGCCCAAAAACUACACCAACUCGCUUUCCCUGGUUACGUUUACAAACCAAAAAGGGCUACACAGAGAAAAAGAAAUGGAAAUUUUUUAUUCAAAAAUAUUGAUAAGGCUACAUUUACCAGUAAGCAACAUAGUAGAAUGCACUCACAAAGAAACAUUGAAGAUACCAAUAUACAGAGUAUUAAAGGCCAGACAAAGGAGAAUAAUCAAAGCACGGUUUUUACAGAUAUAGACAGACAUUUCGUCUACGAGAACACGCAUAAUGACGCUUGGCUCGAAGACUCAUUUGAGGAUGGCAAUAAUUACGUCACAUCACUCGUCUGUCAUGAUAUCCAAUUGACUAAUCCGGAUAAUUCUACUAAUAUUUGUAACACCGAUAGCACGUCAAUGUAUUCUACAUUCGAUUUGCCUAUCCAGUAUCUCGUUUAUAAUCCUUUCGUUUUUAUUUCCGAUUGUCCUCAAAAUGAUACGAUUCUUGAAAUGUAUUAUCUGAUACCAUUGUCUCAAAUAGAUACCUUUAAUGUCGAUACACGACUGAUUGAAAAUAGUGGACAGACAUGGCCAGCACAGUUUUACAUUACCAACUACUAUGGAUAA